UGAAUAAAUGCCAUGGUCGAGACAUCAGGACGGCAUCACCUCCCUCGGUCGACUUGAACGUUUCCCUCCCGACUCCUCCUCUUCUCUCUCCUUGCCCGCCGUGUCGAACUCGACAUGAUCCUAAAUCUCACCCUACUCCUACUAUGUCUUCUAUUCCUUCAGCAAGGGGCAGAAGCAUUGCGGGUCACCCCGGGGUCGCCGUGCGCAGAUAUUUGUCUAAACAACGCCGACGGCGCGACGCCGAGUCCGGCGACAUCAUCGACCAACUCGUCGGAUAUCGUGUGCGAUGACCAAGAGUACUCGACGACGGCUAGAGGCGCCAAGUUCAAGAGCUGCGUCGAGUGCCUGCAAGGGAGCAACGCGGUGAGCGGCAAGGACGAUGAUAUUUCGUGGUACUUGUACAAUGUACGAUACGCGGUAGGCGUGUGUGCCUACGGGUUUCCAGGCGCUAAUAAGACCACUUCGUCCCCGUGCGAUAUCGACUACGCCUGUCGGCCGCUGAAGACGGCGCUCGAGACCGGUAACCUGAACUCUAGCAACGGCACGCAGCUCGAUUACUGCACCGCCGACGGUGGCGCUUUUUCCAGCUCGCUCCUAGGAGACUGCAUCCAGUGCUUCCGAUCUAGCGCGACCGAGUAUUAUCUGUCGAACUUUCUCACCGCACUCGAGGCGGGAUGCAAGCAGAGGCCUCAGCCGGGAGAGCUUAUCGGCCUGCAGGGGACUCUCUUCGCCAGGUUACCGAUCAAGGUCGUCGAACCCCCGCAGAACGCGACGGGGCCCGCCUCGGGCGAUGCAUCGCGCGCGGGCAUGACGACUGGGGCGAUCGUCGGAAUCGCUGUCGGCGCGACUCUUCUCCUCCUGGGAGGGACGGGGCUGUUCUUCAUCUACUACCGAAAGCAGAAGCGGAUACUGGGCGACCCCCUGGGGUCGCAGUACGACCCGCGCGGCGGGGACGCGAGGAGCAAGUCGAUCACGCCGACGCCGCCUCUCCUCGGCGGCGGCGGCGGCGGCUACCAUCCGCAGUACCAGUACACGUACGAGGGCCGGAAGGACUCGCUGCCGAGCGACUGGGAGCUGCAAGCGAAGAAGCCGUCCUCGUUCAGCAACAACGCCGAGUACUACGAUAUGCUGGAGAAGGCUAUGGCGUCUCAGCCGCAGCCGGGGGCCAGCAGCCACGGUGGUUACGCGCCCGUCGCCGCCGCUCACCAGUACGGCGCGGCGUACGGCCCGCACAGCACGCUGCCCACCCACCCGGCCUACAUGCCGCGCGUCGCGAGCCGCAACGGCUCCUCCCGUAACGUGACGCCGAGCCCGCCGCCGGCCGCCAAGCCCAACCGGCCCGACACCUUCGCGCUGAACGCGUACCUAGGCGCGUCGUCGGGCGCAGCGGUUGCCCCCGCAGCAGCCGGCGCCGUGGCGGGCACGCGGGAUCCCUACGCGCCGCCGCAACCACCGCUGCCGGCUGCCCCGCACCUUGUGCCUCCCCCUGCGGCAGCCCUCCACCCUCGAGGCGUGCCGGCAGCGCAUUCGCACUCGCGCAUGCCGGCUCCGAGUUCGACCGCGGUGGCGGCGCCGCCGCCGCCGCCGCCGCCGCCCUCGCAGCGCGCCCCCCGCCUAUCCAUGCCGACGGUGCCCAAGGUCCGGAAGCCGACGAAGUACGCGCCGCCGCGGAUCCACGUGGACGCGCCGACGGAGCCGGACGCGGGGCCGUCGCUGUCGCCGCCGCCGGCGCACCACCAGCACUCGCCGGCACACCGCCGCGGCGCCGACGGGGGCGACGACGCCGACGACGUCCUCUCGCUCGGGCUCAACAUCUCGAUGCCGGCGGCGACGCGCCGCGAGCCGCCGCCGCCGGGCCCUCGGUGGGAGCACGAGUCGUCGGCGGGCUACGGGUCGCUCCCGGGCAGCCCGCCCGAGCGCCAGCGCCAGCGCCAGGACGAGGAGUGGGAGCGCGAGCAGCAGCAGCGGGCCGCCGAGGGGUACGCGGCCGACCGGCGGCGGAGGAUGACCGAGUUCACAGACAUAUCGUCCGUCCACAGCGCGAACAGCGACGGCUACGGACGUUAGGGUAAUCGGCGGCGUAUAUAUGCAUCGGCACGGAACCACGGGACCACGGGACUACGACACAUUAUGGGAUUUAUACCGAGGCGUUAAGGUGCGCCGUAUGGGGAGGCGCUCGGAUGGGUCAUUCAUGGCGGGAUAACUUCAGCAAGUGGAAUCUUGGAGAUACUACUACAUGUUACAGGAUAGUACGCAGCUCUGCUUGGCUGAUGUGAUGAUAUU